AGCGAUUAAACGCAAGAAAUGAGCCGGGACGCCGUCCCGGGGCGAUUCGUCGCUGGCGCGACGAGUCUCCUUUUCCUCGUCGUCGUCGUCGUCGUCGUCCUACUGACCUUAAGCGUGGACGCCGCAAACUACGAAGGUAAAAAUUGUCCCGCGAAGUGCGUCUGCUACGCCGACACCGUGAGAUGCAUGUUUCAGAAACUGAGGACGAUACCCGACGUGCCGAGGACCACCGUUGUUCUUGACCUGAGGUUCAACAACGUGGAGGAGGUGCCCGCGGGUGCUUUCGAUGGCCUCGACGAACUUCGCACUCUCCUGCUGAACGACAAUCAGAUAAAAUAUCUGGAGUCCGGUGCGUUCGCCGGUCUCAAGAAUCUCCGCGUUCUUUACCUCUACCAGAACAGGAUAAAGAGGAUAGCCCCGGGUACGUUCGCCGGACUCCCUAAUCUCGAGCAACUCUACCUGCACGACAAUUACCUCAAGGACAUCGAGGUGGGGACAUUCAGCGACCUGUCGUCCCUCGAGCGACUAUUCCUGCAGAACAACAAACUGGAACGUCUACCGGCCGACGCUUUUCGCAACGUCGGUCCCAUGACCAGACUGCGUCUGGACAGCAACGCGCUCGUCUGCGACUGCGGCCUCGUGUGGCUCGUGAAACGGGCGCAGGAAAAGAGCGGGGAAAUGGCGGCGGUCUGCGAGGCUCCCGAGGGCAUGAGGGGCAGGUCCCUCGCGGGGAUGACCCAGGAGGAAUUUCACUGCGAUCGUCCGCGGAUAACGGAGGGCCCCAAGGACGUUGAGGUGAGGGUGGGCGAGGACGCGAUUUUCUCUUGCAGAGCAACCGGGGACCCUGCGCCGAGCAUAAAAUGGAUGCGCAACUCGAACGAAAUCGACCCGGAGGCGGACGGAAGGUUCGUCCUGCUGGACGACGGCGGUCUUCGCAUAUCCGGCGUGACCGAGGAGGACGGCGGCGAUUACGAGUGCGUGGCCGAGAGCGAGAUGGGAAGAACGGAGCCGCGUAGGGCGCGGGCCAUAAUAUCGGCCACGUCGCCGCUGGGCUUCGCGGCGUCGCCGCGAAGCCUCACGGUAAAAUCGGGCGACGACGCGUCCUUCGAGUGCCGGGGGGAGGGGGACCCGCCCCCGAGGAUAACCUGGUGGCGCAACGGCCUCCAGCUGCGCACCGCCGGCCGGAUCGCCCUGGAGGACGAGGGGCGCCGUCUGGUGGUCCGCGCCGCCAAGGAGCAGGACGUCGCGCGCUACGUCUGCCAGGCCAGGAGCCCCCGGGGGCUCGUCGAGGCGGCCGCGGACCUCGGGGUCCUUCCGCGGGGCGGCAGCCCCCCGCGGCUCACCUUCCGCCCGGAGGACAUGGAGGCGGAGCCCGGGGCCACCGUGGAGGUACCCUGUCGCGCGGAGGGCGAGCCGCGGCCCCGCAUACAGUGGAAGAAGGACGGCAGCGGGGUGGCCGGCGCCAGGAGCAGGAUAUCCCGCGCGGGCAGCCUCUACCUCUACAACGUGACCUUGGAGGACACCGGCCGCUACGAGUGCACGGCGAUAAACGAGAGGGGGCGAGCCACCGCCCAGGCGCUCGUCAGGGUCCGCCGUCCGGGCGCCACCGACGCGAUCGUGAUACGCGCUUUCAACGACGCCGCGCUGGCGGUGGACGGGGCGAUCGGCAACACCGUGGACGCGCUGCUGAGCACCAGGGGAACCCAGAGGGCCGACCCCUUCAGGCUCUCCAGGUACCCGGACGCCGCGGGCCGCGCGGCCGCGCGACCCGCCGAGCUCUUCGAGCGCACCCUAGAGAACAUCAGACGGCUGGUGAAUUCGGGGGUGAGCGCUAACGCGACCGCCGACUUCCGGUACGAGGAGGUACUCACGCAGGAUCAGGUGAAGGAGAUCGAACGUCUGUCGGGAUGCACGGGACACCGUAGGUCGAGCAAUUGUUCGGACAUGUGCUUUCACUCGCGGUACCGCAGCGCCGACGGCAGCUGCAACAACCUUCAGCGUCCCACCUGGGGCUCGUCGUACACGGGAUUCCGCAGGAUACUCCGUCCCAUCUACGAGAACGGUUUCUCGUCGCCCGUCGGCUGGGAGGCGGGACGUCUCUACCGGGGAUUCCCGAAACCCGACGCCCGCCUGGUGUCCACCACGCUCAUAGCGACGCAAGAGGUCACCGACGACGACAGACUGACCCACAUGGUGAUGCAGUGGGGACAGUUUCUCGAUCACGAUCUCGACCACGCGCUCCCCUCCGUGUCGAGCGAGUCGUGGGACGGCAUAGACUGCAAGAAGUCCUGCGAGAACGCGGCCCCCUGUUUCCCGAUGCGAGUGCCGCCCGGCGAUCCGAGGGUGACGAACCGCAGGUGCAUCGAUUUCACGAGGACCAGCGCGGUCUGCGGAUCGGGGGAGACCAGCCCCCUCUGGGGCGGCCUGAUGCCCCGCGAACAGCUCAACCAGCUGACCAGCUACCUGGACGCCUCGCAGGUCUACGGUUUCGACGACACCUUGGCCGCCUUCCUGAGGGACCUGCAGGGCGGCAGGGGGCUCCUGCGGGAGGGUCCGGCGGCACCCGGGCGGAAGGCGCUGCUCCCCCAGUCGACCGGUGAGUUCGUCGACUGCCGCAGGAACCAGCUGGAGAGUUCGAUAAACUGUUUCGUGGCCGGCGACAUAAGGGCGAACGAGCAGGUCGGCCUACUGGCCAUCCACACGGUCUUCCUGAGGGAGCACAACCGCGUCGCCAGGGAACUGGCGGUCAUCAAUCCCCACUGGGACGGGGAGACGAUUUACCAGGAGGCAAGGCGCGUAGUGGGCGCCCAGAUGCAGCACAUAACCUUCAACCACUGGCUGCCCAGGAUAUUCGGUCAGUCCCAGGAGGAACUGAUCGGGAAAUACGGGGGCUACGACCCCGCCGUGGAGUCGACGAUAUCCAACGUGUUCGCCACGGCCGCGCUAAGGUUCGGACACUCGCUGAUACAGCCGCAGCUGGAGCGACUCGACUGGGACUUCGAGCCGAUUCCCCAGGGCGCGCUGCCCCUGAGGGACGCCUUCUUCGCGCCGUGGAGACUCGUCGACGAGGGAGGCGUCGACCCACUGAUGCGCGGGAUGUUCGCCACACCGGCAAAAUUGAAAUUACCCGAACAGAAUCUGAACGUGGAGCUGACCGAGCAGCUUUUCAGGACCGCCCACGCCGUAGCCCUGGACCUGGCCGCCCUGAACGUUCAACGUUCGAGGGAUCACGCGAUACCGGGUUACGCGGAAUGGCGUAAGUUCUGCAACAUGUCGGUACCGGACGACUUCGAGGACCUCGCCGGCGAGAUAAGCAGCGCAAACGUCAGGGAGAAGCUCAGGCGGCUCUACGGCCACCCCGCCAACAUAGACGUCUGGGUGGGGGGAAUCCUGGAGGACCAGCUGCCCGGCGCGAAGGUCGGCCCCCUGUUCAAGUGCCUCCUGUUGGAGCAGUUCAGGCGAACGAGGGACGGCGACAGGUUCUGGUACGAGAACCCGUCCGCCCUACGACCCGAGCAACUCACCCAGAUAAAGCAGACAAGCCUCGCGCGCAUUCUGUGCGACAACGGCGAUAACAUAACGCGCGUUCAAACGGACGUUUUCGUUUUGCCAGAUAACCCCGGUGGCUUCGUGUCUUGCGACGUUAUACCGAGGGUCGAUCUACGCAUGUGGGCCGAGUGCUGCGAAGAUUGCGAAACCGAGGGCAAUCAGGUCACGAGGUUCAGGAGGAGCGCCGAAAAGUAUUCGGAGAGGAAGAACUCGGGGGGAGAGAAAAUGGCGGACAGCGAACGCGGAGACGAGAUCGCGGUACUGGAGGACAGAGUGAGGCGCAUGAAAAACGAACUCGAGGAACUUAGCGAGGAGUUGAAACGACUGAGUGGACGGAAUCUGUGAGAUUUCUUUUAUUCGUUUCUACAGAUGUAGUGUUUUUUUUUUUUUUUUUGUUUUUUUGUUUCGUUAAGAGAGAUAUAUUAUAGGGAGAGUCGGUUCGAUACCGAUACACUCUGAAAACGUAUUUUGCUACUUGUGUUUUUACCGUUCGCUUCUCAAAUAAUAUAUUGUUACUAUAGGUUAGUGUUGUACAUAAGAAAUGGAACUCGGAAUUUUGUAUUUUGUAUGAAAUAAAUCUAGUUACCUAUUA